CAGUAAUGUUUCUUAAUGACUCGAAAUAGCCAAGUUCAUGGAGGUCGGGGAAAGUUGAAUAUUUGACAAGCAGCAGAAGUGUAAAAGUUGUCACGCCAAGGACAGUGCAAGCAGAAAAAUGUUAUCAGCAUACCAUAACCGUUUUAAUAGCUCCAAACGAAAAGCAAAGUUUCAAGAACCCAUCGUAUCCACAUCAAACCGCUGAAGAUAAAUACCCUAUACAGGCGACAGAUGUCGAUAUGGACUGUCCAAGCAUGCAAAUGGUCGUAAGCGCCCCGUCGAUGUUUUCCCGUCGUGGUGAAGCAAGUGUACCAUCAGGUGCUUCAUAUCGCUUUGGAAAUGCCAGUUCGUCUGCUGUUGAUGCAUCAUUUACACAAAGAUCAAGUCAGUCAAGAGAUUCGGUUGCUUUUAUUCCAGCUGUACCUAGAUACGUAGAUUAUAUGACGUAUGAAAAAAGACUAUCUACAUAUCAAACAACAAAAUGGCAGGUGAAUGAAAAACCAGACAGAGGAAUACUUGCAGAUCUGGGAUUUUUCUUUACAGAACGGGACGAUUUAGUGAGAUGCUAUAUGUGCGGCAUUGGUCUAAAAGACUGGGUGAAGAAUGACGACGUACUUCAGGAGCACGUAAAACAUUCGCCGAAGUGUCACUUUUUAUUGCAACACAUUGGCAAAAAUGAAGUUGAUCGUAUUCAGAGAGAUUCUUUGACAGCUGGUUCAUCUAUUUCCACUGGUUCCCAGCUUCCUUAUAAGAUACGAUCUCCGCAGUAUCAAACAAUGGAAGCAAGGCUGGCAACUUUCAAAUCCUUUCCCAGCAACAUUAGAAUCCCGCACCAUGAGCUAGCAGUCGCUGGGCUAUACUUUACAGGCCAAGGAGAUUUAUGCAGGUGUUUUACAUGUGACGGCGGACUCAAGGACUGGAGUACAGGAGAUGAUCCCUGCAGAGAACAUGCAACAUAUUUUCCCAAUUGUGACUAUAUUAAUCAACUGAAAGGACGGGGCUAUGUUAGAACACUGCAACUAAGACGACAUAAUAACCAACCUCAGGGUACACAAGGUGACACUCCUCAGACAAUACAAGAACCGGAAACCUCCACGUUACUACAAGUGGACAAACUUGAUAUUUCUAGCAACGACGAUUCUAGAAAAGUAAGUCAGGUUACAGGGAUGGGCUAUACAGAACGUGACGUGGAAACAGCGAAAGCAGAAUUGAAGAGAAAUGGUCACACAAAUCCCAGCGUAGAAGCAAUUGUGAACAUGAUACUUGAUAUGCAACACCAAGCAAAAGAUACCGCUAAUUCAGCGGAAAGUGAACCAGAAGAUUUGCAAGCCAUUGCUGAAGAAAAUGAGCGACUCUCCCAGAUGGUCCAGUGUAUGUUGUGUAUUGAGGAGGAGCCGGAUAUACUAUUUUUGCCAUGUGCACAUCACCGAAUUUGCCAUAAAUGCUCUGAAAGCAUAACUCGUUGUCCAGUUUGUAACAAUUACAUUAAGGAAAAGGUCAGGACGUACCGGGCAUAGCGUGGGGGCAAUGUAACAAACAAGUAAUAUUUCACGUAGUGUUACGUAUCAGAUAAAACACGUUUGAAACUAUUUAUAGAUAUGUAGGUAAAAACGCACACGUCGGUUACUUGUAUGUUGACAAACCUUAAAUAUACAGGUGCAUUUCAAUACAUUUCAUGUCAUAUUAGUAUUAAGUUAUAACAAAGUUAUUAGUUAUUUGUCUAAUGAAUUUACUAGUAGACGGAUUUACAACGCAUAUUAAACCUGUCAGAUCUAAAAACCUACACGCCCUUUUAAUUUUUUCGCAAAUGCCACAGAGUAUUGAACUUUCAUAUUAAUAGCAUCUAUAGUAAAUGCUGUACCUUUCAGUUAGUUAGCCAUAUAGGUAAAUAAGGAUGUACAGAUAUGAUCUAAAAUGCAAUUUGGAGGAAAUGCUAAAAAUAUAGGAACCUGUCGGCACUGCCACUUUGAUUAAGUAAACUAAACUGAUGUUUUAACAACAGAAGGACUGCUGAAUAUUCUAGUAAAAUUAAAAAACAUUAAUACUUGAUAAAACAGAAGAAAUGUUUGAAUGCCUUUUGCUUUAAAAGUACACGAUAUAAUCAUAUAAUUUGGUUAAGCUUUUUAUAUGUUCUCUUCAAGUACUUUCUUAAUAUGUUUUAGAUGAUAACUCAAACUUUGUCCAUAUGGUGGUAAUACCAUUUUGCAAUAUGGUUUGACAUGUUAGUGUACACUUGUAUUACCCUUUAACAUUCUUUUUAAAUCUGUAGAAGUGUAUAACUGUGAAAAUUAACAUCGACUGUUCAUAUUUUUACAAAAAAGUAACACUACAUUUUCACAAAGAUAUUAUACUCUCUUGGCAAUUAUAAUAUCAUAGAUAGUUUUCAAACCUGUUUGUCAGAUAACGAAACAGACGUGGUGCGUGAAACGUCACUUGUUUGUUACAUGAGCCCCCAGUGAGCCAGUCCGCGAGUUGUUGUGAGGCCGCCCUGGCGUUUCGAGUCAAGCACAUGUGACGUUGUGUUUGCUUUUCGUAUUUCUAGAAACGUAAUGAAAAAAUAUGAAGGUCAUAUAAGUUGAUAUUGGCUUUUCCAGGCAGGAUUACGUGAACUAUUGACUGAUUUAUUUGGAUAAGUGUUGUGUAUUGUUCUGUGGUUUUAAAAGCAACGGUUAUAUGUAAAAGUUGUUGCUUUUAAAGCCAAAUGCAUGUUAGUUCAGGUUUACUGUUCUCCCUUAGAUAAUGUUAAGGUAAUAGAUUUGAAUAUAAUCGAGGUCAGAUAAUUAUGUCGAUAUGUUUUUCUAUGAAGUAAAAUUCAUGAGAGACAGGUUUAUUAUAUAUGGCAUUGUUUUUUCUACCCGAAAUCAUGUGUACUCUUAUUGUUCAUCUAGCUAGUGGUUGCUUGUUAUCAUGGUCGUAUUUCAAACAAAAUUCUCUUGUGAGGUGUUUGAUAGUCCAAGUGUUUUACGUUAUGACUGUAUUUCAAGCAGAAAUCAUAGUUGUUCUACCUGCAUUCCAAGCAGUUAUGCUCAUAUACACUUUCUGAACAAUGUUUUAUGAUUUGUGUGUUUGCUUCUAGAAAAGACGUCAAAUACGUAAACAGUUGUAAACUGAACUGGUGUCAUGAAAUGCAAAUAAAGUCAUUUGUAUCAGUUAGCAACGGAUCGGAAUUUCUCUCCAGGUGAAGAUCGUAUGUGGUUGUUUAAAAUAAAUAAACUUAAUGUAUUCUUUGGCGUUAGGUUUUUGGCCUAUACGAUAUUGUUUGUGCCGACAUAUUUUCAUUUCACUUCUAAUUAAGAUUAUAUAUGGUUAUGUUCACUUCUAGUCAUUUUGAAAACGGCAUUCAAAAUUUAUAAUUCGCAAGUCACGGUGAUGUAGGGGCACUAAUACUCCUUUUCUGGCCAGGUUUUUGUGAGAUUUUAUUUGCUUUUUAACGUUUUUCCAGCCAAGAUUUUUCUAGCCACAACCAUAUCAGGUAUUGUUAGCAUAUCGAUCUAAUGCCUUAUCAGGUCAUAUUUGGUAUUCCUGCCACGACAAUGUCAGGUCUUGUUUACAUAUCCAUCCAAUGUCGAAUUAGGUCAUAUUGGUUUUUCUAGCCAUGGCCAUGCCAGGUUUUCUUUUCCUAUUGAUUCCAAAGUCUUGUUUUUCUAGCUAUGGUCAUGUCAGGUAUUCUUUGAAUAUCGAUCUAAUGUCAUAUCAGGUCAAGUUUGCAUUUGUGACAGGUCCUGUGUGCUUAUCCAGCCAAUAUCAUUUCAGGUCGUGUUUGUUUUCUAGCCAUGGCUAUUUCAGGUUUCGUUUGCAUAUCUAUCCAAUGUCAUAUCCAGACAAGUUUAUUUUUCUAGCUAUACCCAUGUUAGGUCUUGCUUGUAUCUUAAUGCAAUGUCAUCUCAGGUCAUUUUUGAUUUCCUAAUCUUACUCAUGUCAGGCGUUGUUUUUCUUUUAACUCCAAUGUCAUAUCAGGCAAUGUUUAUUUUUCAAGCCAUGACUAUGUCAGCGUUUCCUUGCAUAUCCAUUCAAUAUCUUAUUAAGUCAUGUUUGUUUUUUCUAGCCAUACCCUUGUCAAGUCUUGUUUUCUUCAUAUCAGGCGUGCUUGUUUUUUCCACCAUAAUUGUUUGCUGUAUUAAGCUUGUUGUUCGUGAAAGAUAGUAUAAAUGAAACGUCGCGGUUCUCACAACAAUCUUCGCGGACCGCUCAAGUUCUGGAAUGGAUCAAGGAUGGACUCGAUGUUGUGAUUUUUACGAUAAUCUUUGUGAACGGCUCAUAGUUCUGGAACGAUAGAGGAUAGAUAACAUUUUGCGAUUGUCACGCCAAUAUAAAGAUUGGAACGAAGACAGAAUGGAUAAAAUGUUGACUUUAAUGAACACCAGUUGUUCCCCAUAUUUUCAUAAAUGAAACAUAUAAGUGAUAAAAGUGAUUACAAUGAAAAACAAUUCUCACCAUGUUCAAAUUUUAUUUCGCGUACCUGUGGCUUGCUUGCUUUUCUUGUACAUAUAUAGCCUGUUAUGCUGUAGUUUCGAUCCCUUUAACACUUCAUUCUGCGCAUGAUGAAGUUAACAAAGACAUGUGCGAGGGUCAAAAUUAGGUCAAAGUAUAUUUUGGGCAUUCCUCCAAAGAUAUAAAUAGCUUAAAACACAAAGAAAUAUAAAAUAUAUAAAUUAUGCAUACAUAAAACCAACCAUGUCAUCGGACUGAAUCACUAAAAAGCUUUCUUGUUAA